GUCUCCCGAGUUUGCGGCAGUACAAGACAACCAUAUCGCGCUUUGAUUAAACAAGCAGUGGGAAGAGAGCGAGAGCACGUGGCUCGAACCCACAUGGAAAGAGCAGAGGGUUUCGGGAGUUGUAGUCCCGAAGUACAGGAAUUCGGAAGGCGAUUGUGACUCUUGCGGUUUUGAGUUCAUCAAUGGAGACCGUAGGAUCGCUACUUAAAGAGAUACUGAGAACACACACUGGUCAAAUCUGGAGCUGAGAAACAGAGACGACUGGCUUUUUCUCUUGUUUAGCCUUCUGCUUUCUGAAUGAACCAUAAUCAAAGUGGAAUUUAGCUGCUUCAACAAAAUGGUUUCCAGUGCAUCUACUUCUACUGCAGCAAAAUACUCUUCCUCUGAUGUGUCUAAGGUUCACAAUGUCUGCUGCCUGCUAACCAGAAGGUUGCAAGGAUUUUGUACAAAAGAUGCCGGUGUGGUCUAUAGGAAAAACAUGGGGAUCCUAAGGAAGCUAAUAUGCCAGGAAAGUACAACAUUCAAGAAUGUUUGGACAACGCAUUCCACAUCUCCAAUUACUUAUCAAAGUGGGAAAAUUUACUUUGACAAUUAUCGAUGCUGUGUGAGCAGCAUCACACCAGAGCCAAGACUAAUUUAUCAAAUGCCAGCAUGUCCUAAAUCUGAAAAAAUAGAGGAUGCAUUAUUAUUGGAAUGCCCAGUGGGUGAAGUGCUGCCCAAUCCAUUGGACUGCAGACCUUCCUUGGCAGUGCUGACAGCUCAUAACUGGCUUUUUCGUCUCUCUGCAAGUACAGGAGAAAUCCUGGAAAAAGUGUAUCUUGCUUCUCACUGCAAAUUCAGAUAUCUGAGCUGGGACACUCCUCAAGAGGUCAUGGUUGUAAAGUCGGCUCAGCAGAAGCUCCCAGCAGCUGCACGGCAGGCAGGCAUCCAGCGGUCUGUGCUUUUCUUUCUUGCUGUAUUCAGAGUUCUGCCACUUUCAUUUAUUGGAAUGCUAGAAAUUGACAAAAAAAUCUUUGGGAACAGCAUUACAGAUGCUGCAGUGUCUCAUAGCAUGCUGAUUGUGAUGCACAGUGCAGGUCUUGUGAGACUUUAUAGCUUCCAGUCUAUUUCCGAGCAGUUCAUGGAGCAACAGGUGGAGCUGGGACAUGAAUGCAACUGGAAUGGAAAAGUUGGGACUGUGGGAAAAUAUCCUUAUGGUUUGCCUUGUAACAUUAAAAUAACAGAUACUCCAGAUUUGCUUUUUGAAGUGUCUUCCCUGGAAAACACAUUUCAAAUUGGAGGCUACCCUUGGCAUUACAUCAUCACUCCUAAUAAGAAAAGUCAAAAAGGAAUCUUCCAUGUUUGUUCUCUGAAAGGCCACACUUUGGCAAAGAAUGGCAUACAGGAUAUGAAGUGCUGCGCGCUGGAACCUGAUUGGAUAUUUUUCCACCCAGACAGUUCUGGAAGGAUGCUCCAUGUGGGACCAAAUUUGAUUAAAGUUUUGAAGCUUAAGGAAACUGAAAAUAAUGCAGAACAGCAGGAAGUUGCAGUAGACUUCAUCAUUGAAGCCAACAGAGAAAAUAAUGUUAACAACUCUGUAACAAUAACUGCUUCUGGCCGUGUGGUGAGGAAGCGUUUUACAUUAUUGGAUGAUGACCCAGAACAAGAGACUUUCAAAAUUGUGGACUAUGAAGAUGAACUGAAUUUACUGUCCAUUGUGGCAGUCACUCAGAUAGGAACAGAUGGGACAGCACAUCUUGACUUUCACUGCAAUGACCAUGGGACUCUCCUUAAGAGCAUUCCUUUCGUGGAAUCUUGGGAUGUGACUUACAGCCAUGAAGUUUAUUUCGACAGAAAUAUAGUAUUGCACAUUGAACAAAAGCCCAACAGGAUCUUCAGCUGCUAUGUGUACCAAAUGACCUGCAAUAGUUCAAAGGAAGAUGAACACAUAAAAAACAAAAAAGGGAAGCGACUGUUCUGUAAAAAACUGGGAAGAACAUUUGAAUAUUUUUAGAAUUCUGUCGUUUUAGAAAGCUUUGCUGUGGACAGCAUCCAAAGACUUGUAAUCCUCUUUUGAGCUAGUAAAUAACUGUUUUUCAGUUUCAUCUGUGUAAAUGUAAAUCCUUUAAGAUUAGUAAUAUGUUGCUUUUAAAAAAAUAAAAAAUCUCAUACAUAUCAAAGUUGUGGUACUCCUCAUACUCAUGCAAAUUUUCAAAUAGUUCAAAACUAUAUUUAUUUAUUAUUUAAACAAUAAUUCAAAGAGAACUUCAACAUUCCACAAAAUAAUAUGCUUAUAGAGAGCAUUUUAUCUGUUUUAAAAACUUAUAUCCCCCCCUUUUAGUGUAAAAAUGGAUGGCUUAUAACAGUAUCAUUUAAAAACAACAAUAAAAAUGGACUAAGAGAAUAAAACAGCAAAAUGAAAAUAGCAGUAAUGAGGAUUUUUCCUAAAUUUCAGUGUCAACAGUUACUCAUACAAUACCUACAGAAAAAUAACGUACUGCUCUAGCUGUUAUAUAAUUUUAGUUUAAAAGUACUUAAAUGGUUAGCUGAAAACCAUAAUCCUGGAAAGCGACUGAAAACACAUCUCACUGGCUAAUGCAAUUAUGACAUCACUUUCCUGUUCAUCUCUGAGUCUGGGGUGGAGAUACUGCAGCUUAUUCUGCUGGCUAGCUGGCUUUACUCAGCUUUUUUUCUUCUAAAUUUGCUGCCAAAUAACAGGCCCCCAAAUUAUUAAGGUAAGCAAAUUACAUGGGGGCAGGGUAAUGUAAGGGGUUCUUCCAACUUUGCUAACAAAUAAGGAGGAGGUUGCAGCUGAUUUGGGUGGGAUACUACUGGGGCUGAGGAACAAUCCAAUACUGCAGGGCUUUGGUGUAUGAGGCGGCAGCCACUCUGAUUUGAGGGGAUACUAGAGCAGGGUGAGGAUGAGGAACUCUUUCUCUACCACCAUCUCUAGUGAUCCUGGGAAGUGGAGUUGGAGAGUGGGGGAGCAGAAGGCAUGCAUGGAAGCUAUAUUUCCUCUCUCCAAUGUUCUUAAAGGGAGAAGAUCCUGAGCUGGGAAGGCCAAGAAGACGAAAAUAGAAGCAGAGCAGGAGUGGGCUGGCUAAGAGGUUUUGGGGAGAGUAAACUGCCUUUUUUUGUUGGAGAGUGGGGCGCUGAUCUGGUCCUUCAAGCCCAAGAGAUAUCCAGCAGAUCUGUGGCACCUAUUAAAUUACGGCAGGGAUACCACCCGACAACUACCACCACCCACGCCAAGAAAGAUUCCAUCUACCUUGGAAUUCCUACUCUUUAAUCCUGGGUGUGUGUGGAGGGAGGACACACUGCAGUUUAUAGUAAUGCGAGAAAAACAGUUCUGAAAUUAAUGGUGGAAGAAAGAAAAAGGCACUCUGCACAUGUGUUGGCACAAUUGUUAUUCUUAGACUUUUUCUUUUGAGCUGAAUUUCUAUAAGAUCAAGGGUCUCGGCCUCCCCACAAACAAGUAAAAGGCAGUUUAUUCUCCCCAAACAUUUUAGCCAGCCCCCUGGGGACAGAGUAAAGCAGAGUAAUGCCAGCCAGCAAAAUAAGCCACAGUAUCUCUGCCCCAGAGGAGACCAGCUUCAUAACUGCAUCAGCCAAUGAGGUGCAUUUGCAGUCUCCACUGUUGCUAGGCUAACUUUAAAGUAUAUUUUCUUAAAAACUAUAAAAGUUACAGCAAUGAUUCUUGUUUCUCUACCUCUUCAUUAUUUGACACAUUGCAGUUAUGGGACUGAUACAGAAAUCUGAGAGUUAGGAAAAUACCACAUUAGAACACAUUUACCUGUUAAAAAGACUGAGUGACUAAAAGGGCUUCACCUAAUGCCAAAAGGGCAUCGAAGUAAGCACCAUGUGAGCAUGUUCCGCAUGAGAGGGCAUUCCACAAAUGAGGUGCAGGCACCAUGUGCCUCAUUUCAGAUGGCAAGAGUAACUUCAUCUGAAGUGAUGGAAACAUCUGGAGGAGUGAUGAUGAUAAAGACCUCAGUGCAAGGAUAGGUUGAUGUGUUGCUUCAGGUCUCUUGAACCCCAAGUGUUUAGGGCUUUAAAGAUUAGCACCAGCACUCUGAAUUGUGCUCAGAAGUCGAUUGGGAACAAGUAUAGCUGUUUUAGUGCCAGCAAGGUAUGUCUCCAAUGCCCAGUACCUAGCCACUGUGUUUUCAAUGAACUGUCAUUUCUGGAAAGUCUUGAAAGGCAACUCUAUGUAAAACGCAUUAGAGGAGUAACUUGGAAGUUGCCAGUGCAUGGAUAACUGGCCAGACACUUUUUAAAAAAUUGAUUUAUUGUUAGAUUUAUAUACCGCCUUUCAUUAAAAACAACCCCAAGGUGGUUUACUAAAGUUAAAACACAUAUAAUAAAAAUAUAAUAAAAAUGACAGUUAAAAGUAUUUAGCUAAAAAUAUAAAAACAAAUCUGAUUUAAAAUAUAUAAUAUGCAAACACAGAAAAACUAUACAUGGAUAAAAAUAACACAGAAGCAGCAAUGAAACAAUCAUGUAGUUGGCCAGACUAUCUGGCCAACUGGAUCCAGAAGCACUCCCAAGUGACAGACCUGCUCCAUUAGUGAGAGUGCAGUUCUCUCCAGAACACUAUCUCCAUGAGCAUAUAAAUCACCUACCCACAGAAGCUGCAUCCUGUCAGGACUCGGCCUCAGAUUGUUGGCCAUUACCUCACCUAUUACUGAUUCAGCACUUCCAUCACUUCACCUCUCAUAUGUAAAGGACAAAUAGAGCUGGGUAUCAUCAGCGUACUGAUGACACCUCACCACAAAUAUCCAGAUGACCUCACCCAGUGAUUCCAUGUAGAUGUUAAAAACCACAGGAGAUUAUGGAGCCCUGAAGGACCCUGUACCACAAAUGCCAUGGGGUGAAGCAGUAAUUCCCCAGCACCACCUCCUGGAUUUGCCCUCCGGGUAGGAGCAGAACAACCAUAAUGCUAUGCCCCCAACUCCUAGCCUACUCAGAAGGAUAACAGGGUCAAUAGUAUCAAAGUAGGGCAGUGCAUUGGAAUAUCCCAUGCCAAUGAACUUGUAGGCUGCAUAAAGCCUGCAGCUGCAUAAAGGCAGCCGGGAAUUGUAGUUUACUGUACAUACUACUGAUUGCAAGAUUUACAUCAUUUACAACAUGCUAUCAUAAAGAACAAAAUAAAAUUAUACACAUGCAAAUUCACAAAUUACAUUUCACCAGACUAGGAGCUAACUUCACGGUACUUAAUGAAAUCCAUCCUAACUUUUUGCAGCCAUGGUUGCAAUUGUUUCUUGAGGUGUUUUUUUUUUUAAUAACAAAUCAGUUUUUGUAGUACAGUCCCCAAAGGUAAAUUUUGUUAGAAUGCAUCAGUAGUGGCACUCUAGGUUCCAGAUAAAGUGAAUGUUGUAAUAUGUAAUUGCAAAGGUUCUCCAAGCUUCAGCUCUGCAAAUACAUGGACUUAAAAUUAUUUUAGCCUUCAAGGAUUAAUGAGAGCAUAUUCUUCCUUUACUUAUUUACUUACUUACUGCUGUUUCCCUAUACAGGUUAUGUUGAAUUUUGUUGGAAUACAACAUGAGCCUAUUGCAAUUCUAUUCAUCAUAUUCUUGUUCUGUUUUUCUGUUUUUACAUAAGCUAUUAAUUAAAAUGCAAUAUACAA